CAGGCUGACGUCGUCUAAAGAUUUCCAUCUCUACUUAUUUUUACUGCCACGACAAUAACGAGUUUCUCAACCGUGGCACUAUCACGCAGCUGCCUGCGCACUGUCACAACUCUUUAGUAUCUAGUAUACUACUAUUCACGCUAAACAGGCUCGGAUACUCGCCGUGGCCGAUACUACAAACAGGAAACAGCAAAACCAACCCUCGCCACGCCAUGGCCUCCCCCUAGACACAACCAUUUUCGCUCUCAACAGCCACGACCGCCAGCGCAUCUCGACGGAGAAGCCUGCACUAUGUCGAUCUCUCAAGACGAACUAGAGACCUUUUAUCAACAACGCGUUACCGCUCGUCGGCAGCUUGUAUCGCAAGGGUCUCUUCGCGACAAGUUUAACAACGUCGCCGCCUACACAGCCGCUCUAGUUCUUCUAGCGACACUUUUCACCAGCAUAAAUCAGCGCUACGAGUUGGUGCCACGAUUUCUCAACUUUAUAUGGAAGAUCAUCGUUUUUCUCAUACCGUCCAGUCUUAUAUUCGCCAUUGACGACUGGAGGGAUCCUACUGCUUCGCCAAGGAUGGAAUCGCUGAGCCUGCAUUCCGCCAAGACAGCAGCUAUCAAACGAAUCAUAGGCUUGGAUAGUACCUCAGGCAUGAUGGCCUCGGUGUAUCAGGCCAGAAAACGAGCUUUUUCAGUGACAGGAAACGCUUUGGGGCUAAAGCUGGACAGCGACAGCCCACCUGGCUUGGGCAAUCAUGAUAACUCUUGCUACCAGAACAGCAUAUUGCAGGGCCUGUCUUCUCUAGAAGCAUUCCCUAAAUAUCUCUCGGAUUGCGUUAGCAUACCGAGCAGCAAAAAGAACGAAACAACCGUCGCGCAGUCUCUGAAGACGCUUUUAUCGGACUUGAAUGACGAAUCAAAUAGAGGAAGCACAUUAUGGACACCACGAAUCCUAAAGUCUAUGAGCAGUUGGACACAGCAAGAUGCGCAAGAAUACUAUUCAAAAAUUCUUGACGAUAUUGACAAGGGUGUGUCACAAGCAAUCCGCGAGAGCAAGGCAACAAGCGGCCUCGAAGGACACGACACCGAAUCGGAAAGCCAUAUAAAGGGAGACACUGAAGACGACACCCGUGCACCAUCUCUUAGGAAUCCACUUGAAGGUCUUUUGGCUCAGCGCGUUGCUUGCGUGCAAUGUGGCCAUUCGGAUGGCUUGUCAUUUAUACCUUUCAAUUGUCUCACACUCAGUCUUGGGCUAGACAAGAACCGCCACGAUAUAUUUGAGCGAAUGGAUGCAUAUACGAAAAUGGAGACGAUUGACGGCGUGGAAUGCCCCAAGUGCACUCUGCUCAAAGCACAGCGCCUUCUUACAAAGCUGCUAGAAAAGAUGCGUGACAACGGUACUGCCGAAGAGCAGCUCUCAGAGCCUGUAAGGCGCCUGGCAGCUGUAGAGCUUGCCCUAGAAGAGGAUGACUUUGAUGAGGCGACACUACGAGACGAAUGCAAAAUUACAGCCCAGAGCAAAGUAUCGUCAACUAAGACGAAACAAAUUGUUAUUGGUCGACCGCCAACGAAUUUGGUUAUUCACCUCAACCGGUCCGUCUUUGACCCAUCGACCUUCAAUAUGAUGAAGAAUUCGGCACCGGUAGCGUUCCCUACGAUAUUUGAGCUCGGCCCCUGGUGCCUAGGUAGCUCUGGCGUUGUUCGACGCACUUUCGACUCUGCAUUGACCGUUUCCAAGGACAACGAGGAAUACUGGCAAAUGGAUCCGUCAGCACCAAUGGCAGCUAGCGACUUUACGCCAUCCAAGAUUGCCGGCCCUACAUACGAGCUUCGCGCGGCGGUUACCCAUUAUGGCCGACACGAAAAUGGCCACUACAUCUGCUACCGUAGACAACCGGGUGGGGAAAUUUCACUGUCAACUAAGGAUGCUGCGGACAGCCAAACUGAAGAGACAACUACUGAAGAGAAUAUUACUACAAAAGAGGUAACCACGCCUGAGGAUAUUACCGAAGGAACGAAACUGGACGCCGAUAGCUCCCCUCUUGAACAAACUGUUAGCGCCAAAAGUGCUGAGAAAACAGCUGACACAAAUCACGUCUCCCCGGAGCAUCACGAAGAAGCUGAGGGAAGCGACCAGCCUGCCACCGAUGCGGAGGCUGACGUCGAAGAGGGAACAAAAGGAAGAUGGUGGCGCCUGAGUGACCAUAAUGUCAGCGAAGUCGAGGAAGCUUCCCUCGCUGAUUUGGCCCCAGGCGUCUUCAUGCUCUUCUAUGAGUGCGUCGAGCCAGGUAUGGUCUUUGGUGACGAAGAAAGCAAAGAACAGGCGGAACCACCCGUUUCUAAAGCAGAAGCUUCUGUGUUGGAAAAGUCAGACGAUGAAUGUGCACUCACAGAGCGCAGCUCUAUUGUCUCCGAAGAUGACGACGCAACACUGAGAACCAUUGAUACAGCCACCGACGAUGGAACAGUGACGACAGUGACGUCUAUUGGCGACGACAGCGACAUGGAGCAAUUCAAAAUUGCACCAGAACCAGUCAAGAUGCCUCUGGCGAACGGGCACAUACUAUAAUAUUUAUUUUUAUUGCAGAAAGAACACGGCGUUAAUGUAGGGGACGGCGUUGAAGGGGAUCACGGCGGAGCAAACAGAGCGUCGGUGCGCCGCCAAAAUUGGAGCAUUAUUACAUUACCAUACAUGGCAUAUUAUACAAUACAUUAUUUUACAUUUACAUUCACCUUUACUACCUGC